UGUCCCUGCUCCAGCUCCAACUGCCCAGCACAGGAUCCCCGCCACCUCCACUUUUCUUGCCCACGGAUCCUCCAAUGGUCUGGCUUCUGGCCAAAUGCUGGGUGCGCAGCUCUGACUUCCAGCUCCAUGAGCUGCAGUCUCAUCUUCUGAGGGGACACUUGAUGGCUGAGGUCAUUGCUGUGGCCACCAUGAGGUGCCUGCCGUCCAUACAUCCUAUCUUCAAGCUUAUAAUUCCUCACCUGCGAUACACCCUGGAAAUUAACGUCCGGGCCAGGACUGGGCUGGUCUCUGACAUGGGAGUUUUUGACCAGGUGGUAAGCACUGGUGGGGGAGGCCACGUGGAGCUGCUCAAGCGAGCUGGAGGCUUUCUAACCUAUAGCUCCUUCUGUCCCCCUGAUGACUUGGCUGACCGGGGGCUCCUGGGAGUGCAGUCUUCCUUCUAUGCCCAAGAUGCACUGCGGCUCUGGGAAAUCAUCUUUCGGUAUGUGGAAGGAAUCGUGAGUCUCCACUAUAAGACAGACGUGGCUGUGAAAGAUGACCCAGAGCUGCAGACCUGGUGUCGAGAGAUCACUGAAAUCGGGCUGCAAGGGGGUCAGGACCGAGGUAGGAGGAGCCCCUGCCCUGAGAUCUCAGACACAAAACCCAAGAGACCUCCCCAGUAUCUCCUGUGCUUCAUGAAAUCUCCCAGAAGCAUUUCAACACCUAUGAGAACUCCAAAGGCCUUCUCAGAUUCCACUCCCUCUCACCUAGAGACAGGUCCCGUCCUACACGCUGAGAACCCCUAGGUGCCAGAUGCAGCGGGACCAGUGGCUGCUCAUAAAUGUUUAACAACUGACUCUUGGGAAGAACCGUCCUGAUUUGUAGCUUUUGCACAUUUCUGUG